CCAGAGAUCAAACCGGAGCUCGAGAUGAUGCAGCCAUGGGCCGUUGUGGUCCUACUUCUGCCCCUGAUCAACGGAGAUGUGAGUCACCUGCCCAGGGAAUAUAUACCGCCCAGUGCGGAACUGGAGCCAACCACACGGUCUGCUGCUGAUGGCCAGGAGGUGCAGAAGGAUCCAUCUGGAUUCUAUCCAUCGACUGGACUGCCACUGCCGCCGGGCUAUGCCAUUCCCACGGGCAGCAACGUUUUGCCACAGCCUGUCCAGCCGCCAAACUUCCCUCUGCCCAUCUAUCCACCAUUCUACGGCUUCGGCGGAGGUCCUGUCGAGCAGGGAGGAGGACAUGGUAUUGGGCCAGUGCCUUCGGCCUAUCCCAACGGAGGUGCAUUCCCGGCGGGUCCUACCAAUGGAGGCGCAUUCGCAGGGGGUCCUACGAAUGCGGCCUUCCAACUGCCACCAGGUGGUCCUUUCGGUCCGCAAGCUGGUAAUUUUGCCCAGCCAGGUGGUUUCCCGCAGGCAGGUGGGUUUCCCCCACAAGGAGCUGGCUUCCAGCCACAAGGCAUCCCUGGCAAUGGAUUCCCAACGCAAGGAGCUCCCUUCUCACCACAGCAGGGAGUGUUCCCAUCACAAGGAGGUGCCUUCGGGCCACAGGGAAUACCGGGCAAUGGUUUCCUAGGAGGUAACUUCCCGCCACAGGGAGGGCCCUUCCCAGGAUCCGCAUAUCCACCGGAGUUCUUGACAAACCAGGGACUUCCCCUCACAAAUCCCCAGGGUCCCUUCCAAGGACCCAGUCCAGCAGGAUUCAAUGUGCCCGCAGGAUUCGGCGGACCUGUGCCCGGCCAGAAUCCCUACCAACAAUUUGGACCCGGUUUCGGAGGACCCGCUCCGCCGGGCUACUCCGAUGAGCCGGCGAAGGAGCAACCAAAGGACAGUGAGAGGACAGUAGUGGCACCACCAUCGGCCGACGAUCCCAAGAGUGUGGCGGAUACGGUUUACGCAUCCAAUGGCGGCUAUGUCUACAAGAGGGCCAAGUAAUGCGAUGGCUUUCGAAGCCCCAAAUUGGGGAGUUCAUCAAACAUGUUCGCCAUAAAUUAUGAUCCAUAUUUUGUUUUUUUUUUUUCUUGUAUUUUUUGUGCCUUUGUUUUUAUUCAUUUAUUUGAUCUGCUGGCCAUAAAGAUGCGGACAGACAAAACGAUUGUCUCUAUGCUAAUCGAAAUCUUUGCCAAAACUGACUGAUAACCAUAAACGAGACAAUCUAUCGUCGUGAUUGAUACAUAUAUAUAGACAGACCUAUGUUUUAUGCAUACCCUGGCCAGACACAUAUGUGUUCAUAAACUAUGUUGUCUUCAAAAGUCAAUACAAGGCGAUUAAAGGCUGAAAUAAAAAACACGAUUAGUGGUUUGGGUGUGGACUAAAACCGAAGUCCUACGAUAAUUAUGCACAUUCACCAUCAAGGUUUAUUGAACUCUGAUAUGUUUCUGGAUGGAAUUAAGUUUAAACAAAAUGGUACAAGAAUUAAAAAAAAAAACAUCCACAACUU